GGGAGGAGGGAGCCGCGUCCUUUCCUGCUCGGCUUCCGCGAGCCGCCAAGAGCCGUGCGCUGCGCUCCGCCGCGGGGCAGAGCUGACACCGGAAAGAGCGCGGGCCCCAGCCGUCGGCACCGGCGGGGCGCGGCGGGCCCCGGCCCUAGGAGGAGAACCAGGAGGGCGCGGAGGCGCUCGUGUCCCCACCGACCAGCCGGGGUCCUGGCCACUGCGCGCGGCACGUGCGGCGACCCGCCCUGUGCGCCAUGCGCCGGCCGCGGCUCCCCAGCGCCGCCCUUUAGCGCCGCGGCGGCCGAGCGACCCCGGACCGGCCCCGCGGGCCCCUCGGGCAUGGAGCCGCACGUGCUCGGCGCCGUCCUCUACUGGCUGCUGCUGCCCUUCGCUCUCCUGGCCGCCUGCCUCUUCCGCAUCAACGCGCUCUCGCUGGUCUACCUGCUGUUCCUGCUGCUGCUGCCCUGGUUCCCGGGCCCCUCCCGGCACAGCAUCCAAGGUCACACUGGCCGCCUCCUGAGAGUCCUCCUGGGCUUCAGCCUCCUCUUCCUGGCAGCCCACCUCACCUUCCAGAUAUGCCUGCACACCAUGCCCCACCUGGACCAGCUUCUGGGGCCGAGCUGCAGCACCUGGGACACCAUCUCCCGACACAUAGGGGUCACGAGGCUGGACCUGAAGGACGUGCCCAGCGCCAUCCGCCUGGUGGCCCCCGACCUGGGUGUCCUAGCGGCCUCCUCCCUGUGCCUUGGCGUCUGCAGGCGCCGUACGCGGACGGCCCGGCGGAGCCUGCGCACCCAGGAGCCGGACUACGAUGAUGGGGACGUGGACACCGGCUCCCUGGUGGGGCUGCAGGAAGCCCCUGCACUGCCCCGCAAGCGGAGAUCUUGGCUGGCCGCUCGGUUCCGGAUCACAGCCCACUGGCUGCUGGUGGCUGCUGGGCGGACUCUGGCCAUAGUGCUGCUCGCGCUGGCAGGCAUCGCCCACCCCUCAGCCUUCUCCAGUGUCUACUUUUUGCUGUUCCUGACCAUCUGCACCUGGUGGGCCUGCCACUUUCCCAUCAGCCCCCUGGGCUUCAGUGCACUCUGCGUCACGGUGGGCUGCUUUGGCGCCGGCCAUCUCCUCUGCCUCUACUGCUACCAGACGCCCCUCGCCCAGUCCAUGCUCCCACCUGCCAGCAUCUGGGCCAGGGUGUUCGGUCUCAAGGACUUUGUGGCCCCCGCCAACUGCUCCAACCCCAACGUGCUGGUCCUCAACACCAGCCACGACUGGCCCGUCUACGUGAGCCCCGGCAUCCUGCUGCUUCUCUGCUACACCGUGACCUUGCUCCUGAGGCUCCAAGUGCGCCGGCCCACGGACUGGGGGAAGGAGGCGGCCGGGGGCAACACGGAGCUGGAGGUGGAGCUGACUGAGGUGGAUCAGCGGCCCCAGGGCCAGGCCAGGGCUCCAGCCACCAAGGAGGAAGAGGCCACGCAGCACACGAUUCCCGUGCCGCCGGACCCUGAGGACAACUGCAUCGUGCACGACCUCACUGGCCACAGCCCUGUCCAGCAGCGGCCCCCGCACCUCAGGCUGACUGGGCCUAAGGAGACAUCUCCGUUGCACAGCCUGGGCCACCUCAUCAUGGACCAGAGCUACGUAUGUGCCCUCAUUGCCAUGAUGGUGUGGAGCAUCACCUACCACAGCUGGCUGACCUUUGUGCUGCUGCUCUGGGCCUGUCUCAUCUGGACCGUGCGUAGCCGCCACCAGAUGGCCAUGAUCUGCUCGCCUUUCAUCUUGCUCUACGGGCUGGCGCUCUGCAGCCUGCGCUACGUGUGGGCCAUGGACCUGCGGCCCGAGCUGCCCACCGCCCUGGGCCCUGUCAGCCUGCGCCAGCUGGGGCUGGAGCACACCCGCUACCCCUGCCUGGACCUGGGCGCCAUGCUGCUGUGCACCCUGACCUUCUGGCUUCUGCUGCGCCAGUUUGUGAAGGAGAAGCUGCUGAAGAGGGCGCGGGACCCCGUGGCACUGAUGGAGGUCACUGUGGCCGCCACAGAGCCCACGCAGACGCAGACGCUGCUGCGGAGCCUGGGGGAGCUUGUCAGGGGCGUUUACGCCAAGUACUGGGUCUACGUGUGCGCCGGCAUGUUCAUCGUGGUUAGUUUCGCCGGCCGCCUGGUCGUGUACAAGAUCGUCUACAUGCUGCUCUUCCUGCUCUGCCUCACCCUCUUCCAGGUCUACUACAGCCUGUGGCGGAAGCUGCUCAAGGCGUUCUGGUGGCUGGUGGUGGCCUACACCAUGCUGGUGCUGGUGGCCGUCUACACUUUCCAGUUCCAGGACUUCCCUGCCUACUGGCGCAACCUGACCGGCCUCACAGAUGAGCAGCUGGGGGACCUGGGCCUGGAGCAGUUCAGCGUGUCUGAGCUCUUCUCCAGCAUCCUGGUCCCUGGUUUCUUCCUGCUCGCCUGCAUCCUGCAGCUGCACUACUUCCACAGGCCCUUCAUGCAGCUCACCGACCCCGAGCACCGCCCCACGCCCAGCGCCCGCACCCUGUGCUGGGCUCACAGAUGCCGGGGCCUCAGGUACUGGAUGUUUUCUCCGACCCGCGGGGAUCACGAUGUCAGGCCGGGCCCCGCUCUCCCACCUGCUGGCUGCAGCACAGGGGUCCCAGUGCUGGGGUGGGAUGGCAGGCAGGACACGGUGAGCGGGACCCCCCUGCUGCAGCAAGAUGAAGAGGAGGCGGCCCCCAGAGACAAGGGGCUGGGCGUGGCCGGCCCCCACCAGGCCAUACAGGUCCCGGAGGCCAGCAAGUGGGGCCUGGUGGCUGAGCGGCUACUGGACCUGGCUACCGGCUUCUCGGAUGUUCUCACCCGCGCGCAAGUGCUCACGUGGCGCCUGCUAGAGCUGCACGUCUUCAAGCUGGUGGCCCUGUACACUGUGUGGGUGGCCCUGAAGGAGGUGUCGGUGCUGAACUUCCUGCUGGUCGUGCUCUGGGCCUUCGCCCUGCCCUACCCCCGCUUCCGGCCCAUGGCUUCCUGCCUGGCCACUGUGUGGACCUGUAUCAUCAUCGUGUGCAAGAUGCUGUACCAGCUCAAGGUUGUCAGCCCCCACGAGUACUCCAGCAACUGCACCGAGCCCUUUCCCAACAGCACGAACCUGCAGAAGACGGAGAUCCGCGAGUCCCUGCUCUACCGGGGACCCAUCGACCCCGCCAACUGGUUUGGGGUGCGGAAGGGCUUCCCGAACCUGGGCUACAUCCAAAACCACCUGCAGAUCCUGCUGCUGCUGGUGUUUGAGGCCGUGGUGUACCGGUGCCAAGACUACCACCGCCGCCGGCACCAGCUGGCUCCGCUGCCGGCCCAGGCCGUGUGCGCCGACGGCACCCGCCAGCGGCUGGACCGUGACCUGCCCAGCUGCCUCAAGUACUUCGUCAACUUCUUCUUCUACAAAUUCGGGCUGGAGAUCUGCUUCCUGAUGGCCGUGAACGUGAUCGGGCAGCGCAUGGACUUCACGGUCAUCCUGCACGGCUGCUGGCUGGUGGCCGUCCUCACCCGCCGGCGCCGCGAGGCCAUCGCCCGCCUCUGGCCCAACUACUGCUUCUUCCUGGCACUCUUCCUGCUCUACCAGUACCUGCUGUGCCUGGGCAUCCCCCCUGCCCUGUGCAUCGACUACCCGUGGCGCUGGAGCCGGGCUGUCCCCGUGAACUCUGCCCUGAUCAGGUGGCUGUACCUGCCUGACUUCUUCAGUGCCCCCAACGCCACCAACCUCAUCAAUGACGUCCUCCUGCUGCUCUGCGCCUCCCAGCAGUGGCAGGUGUUCUUGGCCGAGCGCACAGAGGAGUGGCAGCACAUGGCAGGCAUUAACACGGACCGCCUGGAGCCGCCGCAGGGGGAGCCCAACCCCGUGCCCAACUUCAUCCACUGCAGGUCCUACCUCGACAUGCUGAAGGUGGCCGUCUUCCGCUACCUCUUCUGGCUGGUGCUGGUGCUGGUGUUUGUCACGGGGGCCACGCGCGUCAGCAUCUUCGGUCUGGGCUACCUGCUGGCUUGCUUCUACCUGCUGCUGUUUGGCACCAGCCUGCAGCAGAAGGACACGCGCACCCGCCUCGUGCUGUGGGACUGCCUCAUCCUCUACAACGUCACCGUCAUCGUCUCCAAGAACAUGCUCUCGCUCCUGUCCUGCGUCUUCGUGGAGCAGAUGCAGAGCAGCUUCUGCUGGGUCAUCCAGCUCUUCAGCCUCGUGUGCACGGUCAAAGGCUACUACAACCCCGAGGAGAUGCGGGGCCGCGACCAGGACUGCCUGCUGCCUGUGGAGGAGGCGGGCGUCCUGUGGGACAGCGUCUGCUUCCUGUUCCUGCUGCUGCAGCGCCGCGUCUUCCUCAGCUACUACUUCUUGCACGUCCGGGCUGAGCUCCGCGCCACUGCCCUGCAGGCCUCCAGGGGCUUUGCCCUCUACAACGCUGCCAACCUCAAGACCAUCGAGCUCCACCGCAGGGCGGAGGAGAAGUCGCUGGCCCAGCUGAAAAGACAGAUGGAGCGCAUCCGGGCCAAGCAGGAGAAGCACAGGCAGGGCCGGGCCAGCCGCAGCCACCUUCAGGGCUCCCUGGACCCCAGCCAGGAGCCAGGGCCCGGCAGUCCAGGGGGCUCCUCCUCGCCACGGCCACAGUGGUGGCGGCCCUGGCUGGACCACGCCACAGUCAUCCACUCCGGGGACUACUUCCUGUUUGAGUCUGAUAGUGAGGAGGAGGAGGAGCUGCAGCCUGAGGACGCCCGGCCGACAGCACAGAGCGCCUUCCAGAUGGCGUACCAGGCGUGGGUGACUAACGCCCAGACCGUGCUACACCAGCGGCGACAGGGGCGGGCAGAGCCCACGGGCGGUGACCUAAGCCAGGAGGCAGAGCUGGCGGAGGGCCUGGAGGAUGAGGUGGCCGCGCCCGCAUGUCUCGUCCUCGCCGCAGGCCGCAGCCACGUGAUGCAGCGAGUGCUGAGCACCGUGCAGUUCCUGUGGGUGCUGGGCCAGGCGCUGGUGGACGGGCUGACGCGCUGGCUGCACGACUUCACGCGGCACCACCGCGCCAUGAGCGACGUGCUGCGCGCUGAGCGCUACCUGCUCACGCAGGAGCUGCUCCGGGGCGGAGAGGUGCGCCGGGACGUGCUGGACCAGCUGUAUGCCAGCGAGGCUGAGAUGAUCCAUGAUGCACUGAGCACACCAUCGAGCGGGCUGGGGGCGGAAGAGCCACUGAGCAGUGUGACCGAGGACAUCAGCAGCCCCCUGAGCACCAGCUACAACGCCCACAGCAGCAGCGAGGAGAUGGUCACCGAGCCCGGGGCUUCCCUGCACGGCUCCCGGGAGCUUCCCGCUGGCGGCCGCACCAGAACACGCACAGCCAGCGAGCUGCUCCUGGACAGGUGCCUGCACAUCCCGGAGCUGGAGGAGGCUGAACUGUUCGCAGCGGGACAGGGCCGUGCACUGCGGCUGUUGGAGGCCAUGUACCAGUGUGUGGCCGCCCACUCAGAGCUGCUCUGCUACUUUGUCAUCACCCUCAACCACAUGGUCACCGCCUCGGCCGCCUCCCUGGUGCUGCCCGUGCUGGUCUUCCUGUGGGCCAUGCUGUCCAUCCCACGGCCCAGCAAGCGCUUCUGGAUGACGGCCAUCGUCUUCACCGAGGUCACGGUGGUCGCCAAGUACCUGUUCCAGUUUGGCUUCUUCCCGUGGAACAGCCACGCCGUGCUGCGGCGCUAUGAAAACAAGCCCUACUUCCCGCCGCGCAUUCUGGGCCUGGAGAAGAGCGACAGCUACGUCAAGUACGACCUCCUGCAGCUCAUGGUACUCUUCUUCCACCGCGCCCAGCUGCUGUGCUACGGCCUCUGGGACCACGACGAGGACCCUCUCUCGAAGGAGCAUGACAGGGAUAGUGGGAAGGACGAGGGGGCUGAGGAGGAGCCGGCCGUGCUGGGACCCCAGGGGGAGCCAGGGGCGGCCAGGGCCCUCACUGAGGACGACAUCCCGGUGGAAGCAAAGGACGGGCCCCCAGAGCCCCAGGAUGAGAGGCGCGUCAGCCUGCGUCUCAGGAAGCGGAGGAAGGAGAGCACAGAACCCAGAGGACGGGCAGCCACCGAAGGCGAGGACGACAAGGAGGUGGGAGCGGAGGCGGCGGCUACAGAGAGCGAGAAGAGGCGGAGCCGUCCCUGCGAAAGAGUGAGGGCCCUGGGGCUCCGGCUGCAGAGCUUCUGCUUGUCCCUGGCCCGGAGCAUGUACCGGCCUGUGCGGCGCUUCUUCCACGACAUCCUGCACACUAAGUACCGCGCGGCCACCGACGUCUACGCCCUCAUGUUCCUGGCCGAUGUCGUCGACUUCAUCAUCAUCAUCUUCGGAUUCUGGGCCUUCGGGAAGCACUCGGCGGCCACGGACAUCGCGUCCUCCCUGUCGGAUGACCAGGUGCCGGAGGCCUUCCUGGUCAUGCUGCUGAUCCAGUUCGGCACCAUGGUCGUGGACCGCGCCCUCUACCUGCGCAAGACGGUGCUGGGCAAGCUGGCCUUCCAGGUUGCGCUGGUGCUGGCCGUGCACCUCUGGAUGUUCUUCAUCCUGCCCGCUGUCACCGAGCGGAUGUUCAGCCAGAACGCAGUGGCCCAGCUGUGGUACUUCGUCAAGUGCAUCUACUUCGCCCUGUCCGCCUACCAGAUCCGCUGCGGCUACCCCACCCGCAUCCUCGGCAACUUCCUUACCAAGAAGUACAACCACCUGAACCUCUUCCUCUUCCAGGGGUUCCGGCUGGUGCCAUUCCUGGUGGAGCUGCGGGCUGUGAUGGACUGGGUGUGGACGGACACCACGCUGUCCCUGUCCAGCUGGAUGUGCGUGGAGGACGUCUACGCCAACAUCUUCAUCAUCAAGUGUAGCCGAGAGACAGAAAAGAAAUACCCACAGCCCAAGGGGCAGAAGAAGAAGAAGAUCGUCAAGUACGGCAUGGGCGGCCUCAUCAUCCUGUUCCUCGUGGCCAUCAUCUGGUUCCCGCUGCUCUUCAUGUCUCUCGUGCGCUCCGUGGUCGGCGUCGUCAACCAGCCCACUGACGUCACCGUCACCCUCAAGCUGGGUGGCUACGAGCCCCUGUUCACCAUGAGCGCCCAGCAGCCGUCCAUCGUGCCCUUCACGCACCAGGCCUACGAGGAGCUGUCCAAGCAGUUUGACCCCCACCCGCUGGCCAUGCAGUUCAUCAGUCAGUACGGCCCCGAGGAUAUCGUCACGGCGCAGAUCGAGGGGAGCUCUGGGGCGCUUUGGCGCAUCAGCCCGCCCAGCCGGGCGCAGAUGAAGCGGGAGCUGUACAACGGCACCGCUGAGAUCACCCUGCGCUUCACCUGGAACUUCCAGAGGGACCUGGCCAAGGGCGGCACAGUGGAGUACACCAACGAGAAGCACACCCUGGGCCUGGCCCCCAACAGCACCGCCCGGAGGCAGCUGGCCAGCCUGCUGGAGGGCACCUCAGACCAGUCCGUGGUCAUCCCCCACCUCUUCCCCAAGUACAUCCGUGCCCCCAACGGGCCUGAAGCCAACCCCGUGAAGCAGCUGCAGCCCAACGAGGAGGACGACUAUCUUGGCGUGCGUAUCCAGCUGCGCAGGGAGCGCGUGGGCACGGGGGCAGCUGGCUUCCUCGAGUGGUGGGUCAUCGAGCUGCAGGACUGCCAGGCUGACUGCAACCUGCUGCCCAUGGUCAUCUUCAGCGACAAGGUCAGCCCGCCCAGCCUGGGCUUCCUGGCCGGCUACGGCAUCAUGGGGCUGUACGUGUCCAUCGUGCUGGUCAUCGGCAAGUUUGUGCGCGGCUUCUUCAGCGAGAUCUCGCACUCCAUCAUGUUUGAGGAGCUGCCGUGCGUGGACCGCAUCCUCAAGCUCUGCCAGGACAUCUUUCUGGUGCGGGAGACGCGGGAGCUGGAGCUGGAGGAGGAGCUGUACGCCAAGCUCAUCUUCCUGUACCGCUCACCAGAGACGAUGAUCAAGUGGACGCGCGACAAGGACUAGGGCCGCUUGCAGCAGGGGUGGAGCCUCGUCCCGGCCCCCAGCCCUGAUGCUCCUGUCACAGGAAGCUGCGGCCCCCCGGCCCGGCACAGGACCGCUGUCUCUUCCCGUCCUCCCUGCUGGGCCCGGCGGCCCCUCCCCACUCGUAGAGUUUUCUAAUUAAAACCUUUUUAUUUAUACAAA